AUGACAUAUUGUGUCAAUAAUGUUGCAAAAUGCUUAGAGAUCUUGAUGGUCAGCAGAUCAUCGACCGUUAGUAAUCGUCGUAACUUCUGUACCUACUACAACUCUAAAGACAAUCAACAACACUACGACAUCUCAGAGUUAAAGAAAUACAGUGAAAACGAAAAUCAAGUCGAGAAAUAUUUAGAUAAAUAUAAUAAACAUCAAACUUUAAUGCCAUUUUAUAAUAAGCACAGUAUAGCAUUACCAACAGUUUUUGGAUUGUACCCAAGAACUCCACUUGGUACUUUUGUUGCACCAUCUGCUAGUGUCAUUGGUAACGUUGUUCUUUGUUAUGGUUCCUCUGUAUGGUACAACUCUGUGAUUAAAGCCGAUGUAAACUUAAUUCAUAUUGGAAACUUUACCAAUAUUCAAGAUGGUACUGUCAUAAGAGAAGCUGCCAGACCAUUAUCAUUGGAUCACGACGGUUCAACUAUCAUUGGUCAUUAUUGUACAAUUGGUCACAACUGUGUACUCGAAGCUUGCACUGUUGAAGAGAACUGUUUGAUCGGUAUGGGAUCUGUUUUGGAAGCAGGAUCAUACGUAGAGACAAACUCUAUUUUGGGUGCAAACUCAUUGUUGCCAAAGGGUGCUAGAGUACCAACUGGUGAGUUGUGGGCAGGUAGACCAGCCAAGUUUGUUCGUAAAUUAACAGAUGAGGAGAUGAUCGAUAUUCACAAUCAAGCUGCACAAUAUCACAAAUACUCUCAAAGUCAUCACCAAGACUUAGGUUUACACAAUCCAUCCAGUGCAUACGUCGAUGCCGAGAAUCAAGGUAUCGAAGUAGGUUUCAAGGGUGAAUACUUUUAA